CGGGGCCGACGCUGGGUUGUUGUUGCUGCUGCCGUCGUCGUUGUGCGAGACCUGAAGACUUAUCCUGUUCAGCCUUGGAUUAAAAACGACGGAUAGCAUCUUACACCAUCGACCACUGGAGUGCUCCUUUCAUUUCCUUUUGCUAUUUCGAGUCAACAUGGGGAGCUGCUUGACUGUGGGGCCGAACGAAGCUCUGGUGGUCUCCGGUAGCUGUUGUGGCCCUGAUACAAAGACCUACGCCGUUGGAGGCUGGGCCUGGGCUUGGUGUCUCAUCUCAGACACUCAAAGGAUAACCCUGGAGAUCAUGACUCUGCAGCCCCGGUGUGAGGAUGUGGAGACAGCAGAGGGGGUGGCCAUCACUGUCACAGGGGUGGCUCAGGUGAAGGUGAUGACGGAGCAUGACUUACUGGCAGUAGCUUGUGAGCAGUUCCUGGGUAAAUCAGUCAUGGCGAUCAAAGCUGUGAUCCUGCAGACUCUGGAGGGACAUCUGCGCUCCAUUCUAGGUACCUUGACUGUUGAGCAGAUCUAUCAGGACAGGGACCAGUUCGCAAAACUAGUGAGGGAGGUAGCAGCUCCCGACGUGGGCAGGAUGGGCAUCGAGAUUCUCAGCUUCACCAUUAAGGAUGUGUAUGACAAACUGGAUUACCUGAGCUCUCUGGGGAAGACCCAGACCGCUGCGGUACAGAGGGACGCAGACAUCGGCGUGGCCGAGGCAGAAAGGGACGCUGGGAUACGGGAAGCCGAGUGUAAGAGGGAGAUGAUGGACGUCAAAUUCAAGGCUGACACCAAGAUGGCCGACUCCAAACGGGAACUGGAGCUACAGAAAGCUUCUUUCAACCAGGAAGUCAACACUAAGAAAGCGGAGGCCCAGCUGGCGUACGAGCUGCAGGCAGCCAAGGAGCAGCAGAAGAUCCGCCUGGAGGAGAUCGAGAUCCAGGUGGUGCAGAGGAAGAAGGAGAUCACCAUUGGGGAUAGGGAGAUCCAGCGGAUGGACAAGGAGCUCAUCGCCACAGUCAAGAGGCCCGCCGAGGCCGAGGCCUACAAGAUGCAGCAGCUGGCCGAGGGGCAGAAGAUAAAGACGGUGCUGUUAGCUCAGGCUCAGGCAGAGAGGAUCAGGAGAAUUGGAGAGGCGGAGGCAAGCUCCAUCGAAGCAGUGGGCAAGGCGGAGGCUGAGAAGAUGAGACUGAAAGCCGAGGCCUACCAGCAGUACGGGGAGGCCGCCAAGACGGCUCUGGUCCUUGAGGCCCUGCCCAUGAUUGCUGCCAAGGUGGCGGCGCCAUUAGCCAGGACCAAUGAGAUCGUCAUCCUGAGUGGGGACAGCAGCCGCAUGACGGGCGAGAUCAACCGCCUGUUGGCUGAACUUCCUGCUUCUGUCAAUGCUCUCACUGGCGUUGAUCUGUCAAAGAUCCCGUUGCUGCAGAAGAUGACCAACACUCAAGCCUGAAAACCCGACGACCACACACGACUCCAGUAUGUUGUAUGCACUCUGAUGGACUGCCUUUAAUACACUUGAAGAAUUCUGUUGUUUUAUACGUAUAUAUAUACUGUAUACCAAGUGAAUUUUGGAAACCUCUGGUGCCUUACUUUAUACAGGACCAGACUAUCUGAACGCACUGCUGCUCAUUCAAAAGAAAUUCAUUUUUUUAUUUUAGUUUUAACAAGGGAACAUUUUGUGCUGUGAUUUCAAUUGUUUUUUUGUAUUUGAAUCGUAUAUGUUUAUUAGCCCGUUUGCAUGAAAAACCAUCGAAGAGGAGAGCUGCUAUUAGACUGAUGUGACGGCUGACACACCUGCUGAAUCUCAUGCUAACAGCUAGUCUGGUGUUUAUACAUCAGGGCUGUGCUUCUUCGGACCACAAGGCCUCUGCUCUCACUUCUUACAUUCCGCAUGCUGCAGGCCUUCUUGAUUUGUACACCUCUUUCUUUAUCGUAAGACACAUCCGCAUUCCCUAGAUAAUCUGAAUAUUUCCCUUUGUAUUGUACAUGUUGUAAUUUUUAACUAUUUAUGUUAUUUUCUGUGUUGAUCUUUUUUUUUUUUUUUUUUUACAAUGUCACAGGUGCUUGCAAUCUUAUAAGAAGCCCCCAUAUCUUGUGCAAAUGCUGUCUGUUCCCACUGAAAAAGUGUAAUGCUCUACAAACUGUUAAUAUCAGACUCUAUUCAUAUGAUUAUUAUUUAUAUGCGCGGCAGGGAAACAGGCUGCAAAAUCUGAUCUGAGCUUAUGGUCUCUGGAUAUUUAUAGUCGGUUUAAAUGUAAAUACUAGUUGUCUUAGCCUUGAUUAUGAUUGGAAAAAAUUGUUAAGUGUAAAAAAAAAGAAAAGAAAAAAGAAAAGAGGAAAAAAAGAUUUCAAGCUUAACGUGAAUAGAUUCUGAAAAUGAAAAGGACAAACGGUGAUGCCAAAUAGAAUAGAUUGUCUUUUCAUUUUCAUUGUAACAGAAGGACUUUGGGAAAUGUAACGUUUCUCAACAGAUAUCCCUAUAUGUUAGGCCAAGUCUGGCACGGUGCAUUGACAAACCAAAUUUUUAAGAGAAACACGCUUUAUGUUCAAUGUUUGUACACGACUGCAUUUAUUUAUUUAUUUAUUUAUUUUUAAUAACUGUAACAAAUAUAGAAGGAUCUUUUAGCAGAGUAAUUUAACUUAUCGAACAAUGUUUUAUCUAUUUAAGUGUUUGUAAAGGGUCGUGAUGCUUUGUUGUUUUUCGGGGUCGAAUGCACCAAAUCUUAAAUGUUAGUGCAGCACUAUAAAGGUUUUUAGAAAGAAAAAAUAUCGGGGGGUUGGCAGGUACAGUAUAUUACUGAGCUUGACUCAUAUGAAAUGUAUUUCACCCACUUAGACACUUCCAGAAGAACUGAAUCCUGCUCGUCUCUUAUCAAAGCUGUAAAGCGCUGCACUCACCCAACCCAAACUAGAGGGACAGUGAUGUUUAGUCUUAGAGCCUGCUAGCUCAAACAGGUGACAACAAAAAAUAGUGAUAGUUUUAUGUACAGCUGAACAAACAGCCAGUAUGAGCAUACUGACACAGAAUUCACAGAGGACUGUUAUUAUUAUUGUUGAUAUCGGGUUUUUUGUGUGCUCCUCCUGAGUUGAUUUAUAAUUCUUUGCGGAUGUAGUGACUCGACAAAUACUGUGACCAUGAUGAUUUUUUUAGCUGCAAAUGUGUCCAGUGUAUAUAUAUAUAUAUAUAUAUAUAUGACAUAUUUGUGUUAUAUUCCUAAUGUUAUUAACAACACAUACACUGUGUCGCGAAUGGCCAUGAGUUCCUGUAUGCUCUUGCUGCAUGUCAUACGUCUGUACUCGGAAUAAUCCGUUCACUCUCAGCUAACUGUCAUUCUAAUAAACCCAAAAAU